GCAUGUAGCUCUCUUUCUUAUUUUGCCGUCCUCCGAUCUAACCUUGAAGUUCAUUUGCCACCGCAGUCGCCGCAACUCCUAACUCCCGAGUCUCUCCUUCCCCAUGUUCCGGGGUAGGAGUUCUGAAAGCGAAGACCCGCUCGCUCGUACCCCAUCAUGUCCGAACUGACUAAAGAGCUGAUGGAGCUGGUAUGGGGCACCAAGAGCAGCCCCGGUCUCUCUGACACCAUCUUCUGCCGCUGGACGCAAGGGUUUGUGUUUAGUGAAUCAGAGGGAUCUGCAUUAGAACAGUUUGAAGGUGGCCCCUGUGCUGUUAUUGCACCCGUUCAGGCAUUUCUUUUGAAGAAGCUCCUGUUUUCUUCUGAGAAGUCAUCUUGGAGGGAUUGCCCAGAGGAAGAGCGGAAGGAACUCCUUUGUCAUACCUUGUGUGAUAUAUUAGAAAGUGCUUGUUGUGACAACUCUGGAUCAUACUGCUUGGUUUCAUGGUUAAGAGGAAAGACAACUGAAGAAACUGCUGGUAUUUCUGGGAGUCCUGCAGAGUCUAGUCGCCAAGUGGAACCUUCUUCUGCCUUGGCUGUCGAAGAGCUUGGCUUUGAGCGAUUUCAUGCAUUAAUUAACAAAAGAUCAUUCAGAAGUCUGUCAGAAUUAAAAGAUGCUGUCUUGGACCAGUAUUCAAUGUGGGGAAACAAAUUCGGAGUAUUACUUUUCCUAUAUUCUGUGUUACUGACAAAGGGUAUCGAAAACAUAAAAAAUGAAAUUGAAGAUGCAAGUGAACCUUUGAUAGAUCCUGUCUAUGGACAUGGCAGCCAAAGUUUAAUUAAUCUGUUAUUGACUGGACAUGCUGUUUCUAAUGUAUGGGAUGGUGAUAGAGAAUGCUCAGGAAUGAAACUUCUUGGUAUACAUAAACAAGCAUCUGUAGGCUUCUUAACGUUAAUGGAGGCUUUAAGAUACUGUAAGGUGAGUUGAUUUUUAAGGUUCUUUGAAUGUUUUUCUGUUCACUUGUCCACUGUUCUAGAUAAUAUUAUGCCUAAAAGUUCAGCAAUGAUACGCCUUCAUGUAUUUAUGCCAGGUUUCUUAAAAGUUACAGUUGUGUCACCAG